AUGGGGGCGGAGAAGAAGCUGCUGUCGGUUAAGGAGGCCUUUCAGUUGGCGCAGCAGCCGCACCAGAACCAGGCGAAGCUCGUGGUGGCGCUGAGCCGCACCUACUGCACGAUGGAUGAUAAGACCAUUUUUCAUGAGGAGUUUGUUCAUUACCUUAAGUAUGCUAUGGUGGUCUAUAAACGUGAGCCAGCUGUGGAGAGAGUAAUAGAAUUUGCAGCAAAGUUUGUUACUUCAUUUCACCAAUCAGAUACGGAAGAUGAUGAGGAAGAGGAAGAUUGUGGCAUUUUAAAUUAUUUGUUUACCUUUCUUUUAAAGUCUCAUGAAGCAAACAGCAAUGCAGUUAGAUUUAGAGCAUGCCAGCUCAUAAACAAGCUCUUGGGAAGUAUGCCAGAAAACGCCCAGAUUGAUGAUGAUUUGUUUGAUAAAAUUAAUGAAGCCAUGCUUAUUAGAUUGAAAGAUAAAAUUCCAAAUGUGAGGAUACAGGCAGUUCUGGCUCUUUCACGACUUCAGGAUCCCAAAGAUGAUGAGUGUCCAGUGGUUAAAGCAUAUGCUACUUUGAUUGAAAAUGAUUCAAAUCCAGAAGUUAGGCGGGCAGUGUUAUCAUGUAUUGCACCAUCAGCAAAAACUUUACCAAAAAUUGUAGGGCGCACCAAGGAUGUGAAGGAGGCUGUGAGAAAGCUGGCUUAUCAAGUUUUAGCUGAAAAGGUUCAUAUGAGAGCUAUGUCCAUUGCUCAGAGAGUCAUGCUUCUUCAACAAGGUCUUAAUGACAGAUCAGAUGCUGUAAAACAAGCAAUGCAGAAGCAUCUUCUCCAAGGCUGGUUACGUUUCACUGAAGGAAAUAUAUUAGAGUUGCUUCAUCGGUUGGAUGUGGAAAAUUCUUCUGAAGUGGCAGUCUCUGUUCUGAAUGCCUUAUUUUCAGUGACUCCUCUUAAUGAGCUGGCAGAAAUCUGUAAAAGUAACGAUGGCAGGAAACUGAUUCCAUUGGAAACAUUAACUCCUGAAAACGCUUUGUAUUGGCGUGUCCUUUGUGAAUAUGUGAAAUCGAAAGGAGAUGAAGGUGAAGAAGUUUUGGAGCAGAUUUUGCCAGAGCCUGUAGUAUAUGCAGAGUAUUUACUAAGUUAUAUUCAGAGUAUUCCAGUUGUUAAAGAUGAUAAGAAAAGUGAUUUUUCCUAUAUUGGAAAUUUGAUGUCAAAAGAGUUUAUAGGUCAACAAUUGAUUCUAAUUAUCAAGUCUUUGGAUACAAGUGAAGAAGGAGGAAGGAAACGACUACUGGCUAUUUUACAGGAGAUUCUUACUCUGCCCACAGCCCCAAUAUCCCUACUUUCUUUUCUUGUUGAGAGAUUGCUCUGCAUUGUUACAGAUGAUAAUAAGAGAACACAAAUUGUUACAGAAAUUAUCUCUGAGAUUCGGGCGCCCAUUGUUACCGUUGGUGUUGAUGAUCCCGCUGACGUAAGAAAGAAAGAACUCAGGAUGGCUGAAAUAAAAGUUAAACUGAUUGAGGCAAAAGAAGCUUUGGAAAAUUGCAUUAACUUACAGGAUUUUAAUCAAGCAUCAGAAUUAAAAGAAGAAAUAAAAGCAUUAGAAGAUGCCAAAGUAAAGCUAUUGAAAGAGACAGAGCAACUUGAAAUCAAAGAAGUUCACAUAGAGAAGAAUGAUGCUGAAACACUACAGAAGUGUCUUAUUUUGUGCUAUGAAUUGUUGAAGCAGAUGUCCACUUCAACAGGUAUAGGUGCAACCAUGAAUGGCAUCAUUGAAUCGUUGAUUCUUCCUGGAAUAGUAAGUGUUCAUCCUAUAGUAAGAAAUCUGGCUAUUUUAUGCUUGGGCUGCUGUGGACUACAGAAUCAGGAUUUUGCAAGUAAACACUUCGUAUUAUUAUUGCAGGUUUUGCAAAUUGAUGAUGUGACAAUAAAAGUAAGUGCUUUAAAGGCAAUCUUUGACCAACUGAUGACAUUUGGGAUUGAACCUUUUAAAACUAAAAAAAUCAAAGCCCUUCAAAGUGAACAUGCAGAAAUAAACACUGAUGGAGACCAAGAGGUAAAAGAAGCUGAAGAAGAGACUGCUACAGCCAAGAAUGUUCUGAAACUCCUUUCUGAUUUCUUAGAUAGUGAGGUGUCUGAACUCAGAACAGGAGCUGCAGAAGGAUUAGCCAAGCUGAUGUUCUCAGGGCUUUUGGUCAGCAGCAGGAUUCUUUCUCGCCUUAUCUUGUUAUGGUACAAUCCUGUGACUGAAGAGGAUGUUCGACUUCGACAUUGCCUGGGCGUGUUCUUCCCCAUGUUUGCUUAUGCGAGCAGGACUAAUCAGGAAUGUUUUGAAGAAGCCUUUCUUCCAACUUUGCAGACACUGGCCAGUGCCCCUGCAUCUUCUCCCUUAGCUGAAAUAGAUAUCACUAAUGUUGCUGAGUUACUUGUAGAUUUGACAAGACCAAGUGGAUUAAAUCCUCAGGCCAAAAAUUCACAAGAUUAUCAGGCCUUAACAGUUCAUGACAAUUUGGCUAUAAAAAUUUGCAAUGAGAUCUUAACAUGUCCAUGUUCACCAGAAAUUCGGGUCUAUACGAAAGCCUUGAGUUCUUUAGAACUCAGUAGCAAUCUUGCUCAAGAUCUUUUGUUUCUGUUGAAUGAGAUGCUGGAGGAAGUAAAAGAUAGGACAUGUCUGAGAGCUCUGGAGAAAAUCAAGAUUCAGUUAGAAAAAGGAAAUAAAGAGUAUGGUGACCAAGUGGUAGCAGCACAGGAUGCCAACAUGAAUAUGACUGGUUUUCAAAUUGAAGAUGAAAAUCGUAAAGAAGCAUAUAGAACCCCUCUCAGGGAUGUAAAAGCAACUGGAGCAUCAAAAUCCACUCAGCAGAAGACUAACAGAGGACAGAGAAAAAUGACAGCUUCAGCUAGGAUGAACAGGAGACACCAUACUGCUCAGGUUGACUCUGAAAGUGACCCUGAAGUUCCAGAGCCAGAAUCAGAAAUGAAGAGGAGAUUACCAAGACGAGCCAAAACAGCAGCACUAGAAAAAAGUAAAGUUAACCUUGCACAGUUUCUCAAUGAAGAUACAAGUUAG